AUGCUAUGUCGGACAAAAACUGUUCAGCUACGAAUCGAACAAUGCAAGUUUAAGGCAAUCUGUGCCCGUUUCAUUCCCUACCACUGCGCAGCUGGAUGUGAAUGGCGCAGAAACUGCUCCACUCAUGCUUCAUUCGGAGCCUUUCAUGGACGAAGGACAUUCGUUUCUGGUCUUUUAAUCAAUUCCAAAUCUCUCAUGGUCCUAUGCUGUGCAUCUUUGGCAACAAGGCUUGAGACCGAUGAUACUGGUAGAGAAAAAUGCGUUUGGAGGGAUACUGAGUCGAUAGCCGUGUUAGGGCCAUCAAUCCGAACAAAUCCCGUGUUGGCACCAAACCAUUACAUCAGAGACGUAAAGAUGGAACGGGAUGGAUCAUCAAGAGUUGACGUGGCCUUGGAAGUGUGUCAGUAUCAAACCGAAAGGGAACAUUGCACUGUUGACAAAAUGAACGAGAUUGAAAAGAAGAGAUUCAACAUCAUCCAGCAGAAGCUGGAACACAGUGAUAUCAAGCAGGUACUCCAAAAAACAAACGAGCCAGUGAAGAUAACAAGUGAGGAUAAGAAAGCCGGUGACUGCGAAUCUCUCUCACGAAGUGAAUGUGGAAGAGAAAUUCAUUCACGCAUUCAACUUUGUUGCAAGGAUCAACCCAACUGCGAUGAUGACUGCCUUGAAAGCCUCGAAAAAACCAUGGUAUGUCGAAAUCUUUAA